GUGGGAACAGGGUGCUCCUCCGCCGCUCCUCCCUUGUUCCCAACAGUUGCAAACUCUGUGACCAGUGAUUCAGUCCCGGUUUGAGGGAAAGACCGAUAUACUUCAAAGGGAAAAGGCGCGCUCCAGAGCCUUCAGGGCUGCGUGUGCUGUAGCUGGAACUCCGGCUCUUUCAGUUUGGCAUGGCAGAAAAACUAAUGGUUCCAUCUACACAGGCACCUAACAAUGAAGAUACAGAAAAAGAAAAUAUCCGCUGCUUAACUACCCUUGGCCACUUUGGUUUUGAAUGUUUGCCCUAUCAGCUGGUGAACAGAUCCAUGCAGCAUGGAUUCUCUUUUAAUGUUCUCUGUGUGGGGGAAACCGGGAUCGGAAAAUCAACGCUGAUUAACACCUUGUUUAAUACUAAUUUGAAAGAUACCAAAUCCUCACAUUUUUAUCCAAAUGUUGGACUAAAAGUUCUGACAUACGAUCUUCAGGAAAGCAAUGUCCAGCUGAAACUGACCGUAGUGAAGACUGUGGGGUACGGUGACCAGAUAAACAAAGAAGGCAGCUACCAACCAAUAAUUGACUACAUUGAUGCUCAGUUUGAGGCCUAUCUUCAAGAGGAACUGAAAAUUAAACGUUCCUUCAAGUAUCAGGACACUCGUAUCCACGUAUGCCUCUACUUCAUUUCACCUACGGGACAUGCUCUGAAGUCCCUUGACCUCUUAACAAUGAAGAGGAUUGACAACAAGGUGAACAUUAUACCACUAAUUGCCAAAGCAGACACGGUUUCUAAAAAUGAUUUACAGAAGUUCAAGAAUAAGAUAAUGAGUGAAUUGAUCAGCAAUGGCAUCCAGAUUUAUCAGUUCCCAAACGACGAUGAAACCACCACUCCCUCAAACUCCUUACUGAACGGAAUGUUACCUUUUGCUGUGGUAGGGAGUACAGACGAGGUGAAAGUUGGAAAAAGGAUGGUCAGAGGCCGCCACUACCCUUGGGGAGUUUUGCAAGUGGAAAAUGAAAAUCACUGUGACUUUGUGAAGCUCCGGGAUAUGCUUCUUUGUACCAACAUGGAAGACCUGAAGGAAGAAACCCACGUUCGUCACUAUGAAUGUUACAGGUACAGCAAACUGCAGAAAAUGGGUUUCACUGACGUGGGCCCAGACAACCAGCCUGUCAGUUUUCAAGAGAUAUAUGAAGCCAAAAGACUAGAGUUCCAUGAUCAAUGUCAGAAGGAGGAAGAAGAGCUGAAAAAAAGGUUUAUGCAGCAAGUAAAGGACCGAGAAACAGCUUUCAAAGAUGCUGAAAAAGAGCUACAGGACAAGUUUGAGCAUCUUAAAAAGAUUCAACAAGAGGAGCUGACAAAGCUUGAAGAAGAGAGACGACAACUGGAGGAAGAAAUAAUAGAGUUUUGUAAAGUAAAGGCUACCUGUGAAACGCUGCAGACUCAGACAUGCACCAAUACAAAGAAGGACAGAGAUCGCAAGAAGUAGGCCCUCCUUGCUCUUUCAUAUAGUGUAGCGCCCCUCACCCUGUGUCCCCUGCCUCUGAGAUCGUCUUCAGAGCGUUUACUGCUAAUUGGAGUUCUCAUUUUAAAAAUUUGCUUAUUGAGGGUAUAUUUUUCCUUUUUUCAAAUCCAUUGUAUUUCUGU